AUGCCGGUAUGCUGGCAGUUUUUCACCCGUGAUGUUUCAAGGCCUCACUCGAUCUGUCACAAGCGAAAUUGUAGAAUUAUUCGAUCUGGGUUACUAAACUUACGUCUGCAGUGUUCCUCUGAAACCUUGAGAGGGGCGCUUAGAGACUGGACUGGUAGCGGACAGACGACACUGUUUGACAGCUGAUCCCUAAUGUACAUUAAGAACUGAGGCGGUUCUGUUAUUUUCCAUGUGUCGAGGUCAUUAAGAGGCCUUGCUCGUUGCGAACAGUGCCACUACCGACACAUAUUAAUUAAUGUUGAUCUCUCAUUGACCAAAGUUACUGUUGUGGUUGGCACCCUAUAGUACAGUUUACUAUAGGGUGCCAACCACAACAGUAGCCACAACGUAACCACAGUAACCACAACGUAGCCGAUUUACGAUAUACGCGUAUCGAGAGGAUAGCUUUUUUGUCUGGCAGAUGUAUGCCGAGUAGAUAUCGAAUUUUCGCUGUACACGGAAAUAUUGCUGUCUUAUACUAAAUCGACCCUCUAUUGUUUCUGUGGCCCCUUCGGUGCUUUUUCCCAUGGGUUUCGAAGUCCCUAUUCAAGAAGCCACUUCAUGGCACCUAGGAAAACUAAACGCAGGGCCCAAAAGUUGCGCGGGACUGCAUAUAAUACACUCACCUUGCUCUAGUUUAUUUCUAGCUUUCACGGACGUUGUUUUUGAUUGUACAGUUUAUUUCAAUAUGCCUGUCAGCUCUUUAUCGUGAUUGCGUACAAGGCCUGAUUGACGCGCGCGCAUCGAUUCCGAGCGCCGUCCCAGGAUCUGAUAACUGUCAAAUACAUAUAGUAUCGAUAUUUACAAAUCAUUGUAUUGGUUUUUGCUGUCGUCAUCAUGGCUGGCAACCCAAAACGCAGACUUGUGGGAUCUGGCCGUUCGUAAUUUUGUCCAGGUCCAUGAGACUGACCCGCAUCCUCUCCUUUGAGGCAGGCAAAUUGUCUAUUUGGAAAUUUUUAUGCAGUGACUUGAAUCUUUCUCGAUAAUCCGUAAUCCGCUCCAGGGUAUGCUAGCACGUUACGAAAAAAACUCGGGCAUGAACCGUCAUCGGGAAUGCCCUCGAAGGUUUUAAUAAUAGCCCAUUCUUCGCAUCAUCUGUCCGACUGACUAUUUCAUUUGUUCCUACAGGGUUUACGCGUUGUGGUCCCUGCGAAAGUAUAGGAGUUUGGAGUCCUUUCCCCUUUCCUCUUAAGUCACAUUGCGAAAUUUUUCUGAUUCCAAACAAGCCUCGAUGUAGCUUGUAAGACACGGAGUCCACCAGUUGCAUGCAAUCGAAGUGUGACCAAACAAACGUAUCCUGUGGCAUUCGAAAGUUUUCCCCGUUGGUGUGUUGGAAUCCUUUACUAAUUAGUAGACGUCCUUUUCGAGCCUUGACAGCAGGUUACACGAAUUGUUUCACUGACACUAUGAUGGCAUUUAAGUGGUCCCAACGUUGCAGGAUGAUUCCGAUCACAGACGGCCGUCGUUAGUCGAUGCUGUACGAUGGCGCAUUUUUCAGCCUUACUCUUAGAAUCCUUACGAAAGACUUGGCCAUCUAUGCGCCGACAUCGAGGCCCUACUGAUCAAUGCAUCCGUGUUUGAGUUAAAACGUUUGUCAGUAAGCAUUAUGGAACUGUUGGAAACCAUCUGUGAUGGUUUAUUAAUGUGUAUAAGAGCGACCGGCGCUGGCUGCAGAAAUUAGGAAACCUGCGUUGUCUGCAUGUUGGGGAUUCCCGAUUUUUCGUGGUUGGAAUACAAUGAAAGUUGGCGUAGUGCAUGCAACUGCCCCAUUGACAGCUCAUUCUGACUCUAGUGCAUCUGCAACUGCAGACGUUUCUGCCAGACUCACAAUAUGUGAAUUCUCUUACGGCAAAAGGUACCCAAGUUCUGCAAACAUGUUUCUUGGACGAAAAACAUUCAUAAGCAUAAAACGGGCAUGACCUUAUCCGGUCUAAAGUGCCAAUUCAUUGGUACCGGCAGGGUCCAAUGGUUCUUCCGGAUGAUUUUCUUUAAAAUUCCGAACCACACUAGUACUUCGUAGUCGGAGAUCAAAAUUAUCUUAAAUUAGGGAACUCUCGGAGUAUGUGCCUGUUUGAUAUGUCAUGUGAAGGUGAGAUGAACAGGCACCUAAAAGUCCUUGCAACACUCAACUCUAUAUUUCUUCACAUUCAAAAGCCUACCCAAACUGAUGUGAGAGUAAAGACUCAAGAUGUCAUGAUCGCGACUAUUUAAGGUGCAGAUGAUAGGGACUAAGGGGCACAGAUGAGGAAGUUUAAAUCCGUCAUGCCUUGCGUGCAACCCCCUAAUCCACUUCGACUUCAGUCUGAUACUCCUCAUCCGCUUCGAAUGUCACAUGUGAUCAGCAUCAUACUUAAUGCUUGAUGUAGAUGCUCAGGGAGAACUUCACAGUGACCCUGAUGGCCACGCGAGACAAAGGGCCGCCUUUUCGCAGAACGUCUUUUCCAGCUCCUUUCUCCCUCGCUCGUGCAUUUUCACAAUACGUGGUAAAUUUGAGCAGUCACAACAACCGACUGUCAUUAUCCGUGCGUUAGGUGAAAAUUUACCCAGCCGCGUUUCAACUUCACCGAAUCAUAUAUUCGCCUGCUUCUGGUGACAUAUUUUGCAUGGAUGUAUUGGUUCAAGCCAAUGGCUCCGUGUAAUUACCUUGCUCAAAAGUAAUGACGUUAGGUGCCUUCCAUGAGUUUUGCCGGUUUCGUAAGUUGUAGUUAGGCUUCCUCUCAACAUGACCUUCACUAAGGCCUCGCGUACAAUCUGCAAGACAGCCAAUAUAUCUUAACUGGUCCGUUAAUCCCUUUCGCCUUAAAUGCUUUUUGCGAACUCAAUGGUUGUGCCUAUGUGUGCUCGUACGCUUGCACUUUGUAUCUAUAUUUUAGGUGUACGAUCUAGAAUUCUGUGCAAAAUUGGAAAAUAUUAGUGAAGUUGUCCCCCACGGGUCUGAUUUCCGGUGGUACAUUCAGGUAGGUUCUUUAUUGCUGGCGUUUAAAUGCGUUCUCCCAGGUCAAAUGCACUAGUUGUAACGAAGUUCAUGAAGAUUGGGUAUACCUCUGUGAAGGAGUAAGUUACCAGGAGCGGAAUUACUGCGUUUGUUUCCACAGGAGCGGGUCCCUUUGAAGGGUUCCAGGAGUUCCACAAACCUAAAACUGAAAUGUAAAUUCUGCAGCCGUGAAAAUUCUGCCGGUACACAUCUGCCUUUACCCAUACACCUGACCGUCUACGUCUUUACUUAACUUGUGCUGCUUCUGUUGUCUGCUGUUAUUUGGGACUGUUUUUUUUAGCUUAAUUGCCUGUGAUUGGCUGUUUGGAGUUCGAAAUAAUUCUUUCUCUUUCGUCGUAUGAACUAUGGUAUGGUUGCAAGUGGAUAGUGUCGUUGUUUUUUCUCCUCACGAUAGUCCUCUUGAUCCUUAGGAAAUAAAUAACGUAUCUCACUCCCGGCGUAUUCUCGUAGUUUCUCUGUUAGACUUCUCCGACAACAGUCUUUUUCUGUCUGAUAGCAUUGUAAGUGGGUCUGAAUCAAUACCUCCUUGCCUCAGCUUAGGUCACUGUACUCAAAUCUAAGUUCUUUUUUCUUCAGUUGGACGUUUGAUAAUGAUCUGACCUCCUUUUUUUCUUCCACUUUCAGACAUCGUCCCCGGAAGCGUGAGUCCCUACACUGAUGACUCUUCCGAGAAGUUUAGCAGAAUGAUGCGGCUAGACUGCCGUGGCCUCCAACCCCUGGCUUUCUCACCCAGAGUUGGCUGGCGCGUUACCUCAUCCGCCUCCAGCAGGGUCUUUGAGGACGUGGAUCUUGGUCAAGGCGUGAGUCGAGUCAGCCACCUUAUUUGACCUGCUGCUUACCACAUCCUCGUCGUGCAAAAAACGUCCAGCGGGAGUCCACGCAUCCACCUUCCAUAAUAUUACAAAAAUAAGUGUCUUUGAAGUUUCUAUAGUGCAGACACUUGGCGUGGCGUAUGUUUCGUCAGCCAGAGAACAACUCAUUAACUCAGAUGCUUUUCGUGGGAGGGUUUGUUUGAGCCCUGAACAUGACGAGGAUAAAUUACUCGCGGAUCGGGAGUUUGCCUCACUUUGCAACACUUUCUUAACUCCUGGACCGACAAACUUCUUCAGUGAUUACUUAUUCCUUUAUGACCUUGGUCUGUAGGCGUUUAGUAUGCCGAGAUCAGCUAAUCAUGGCCCCCACGGCCUGGUAUGCGCUGGCAGCUCUCUGGCAUGUGGUCCCCUGCCAUUAGGUGCGCUUGCGCUCCCGCUGGGUACACAGGCCAUGUGCACGACUGCCCAGUCUUCCUCCUUCUGACCCGUUGUGUAGACCAGGGGAUGUGGAGUGGAGUGCCAAGGUGCGGCCUCGGCCGCGCCAUCCACCUGCGUCCUCCGUCCGCCUCCAGUCUCCUUGACCCUUUCUUAACGCCGGGCUCAGGUGGGGACAAGGAGAUAGUGCGGUAGAUGCAGUGCAAGUCUGCACACACCAUAAACUAAUUCACGCGGAGGUCACCGCGCCUGCUUCACCUUGCUGUGGAGCGCACAGUGAACAACGUCGGAGGCGACGGUCGAACUGGUAUGACCGUAUCGAUCGUAGUCGGUCCCCAUGUCCGCUGGUCGUUUGAAUGAAACCCCCACUCAUAUUUAUAUUGCUUAUUUUUUUCCUCUUCUAGGACUGGACAGACUACGAUGAUGAGGGCGAUCAGUGCGUCGGUGUUUUCGAUGUUGCUUCCCGGUUUGUAAGCUCAAAGUGA